GGCUUCACUCAUGGGCUGAACUUGAUGAAUUUGAGAAACAUCAAGAGGAGACCCCACAGCACUUGUCAGCUCUUGCCUGUGAAACAGCUGUACAGAGUCACGAACCACAGCUCUGCCUCACAGAACUGCUGGUAAUCCUGGGCAAGGCUGACUGGUUCAGAUUCUGCAGAGAAAGGAAGUUUGUCCCAGGACAGGCUCUGGAGAAAACAGCAGAGCCAGAGAAUCACAACUUUCAGCACAGAGUCUGAGCUAGGAGUGGGUACACUGGGGAAGGAGCCCAGGUUAGGGGUGCACCCAGUUCCCUUCAGCUUUCCCUAGUGAGGUGGCUGUCAGAUGCUGUUUUAAUCAAACAAAGUAACUUACUUUGAUUGAUAAUUAUCAGAGUUGUUUGAUAGUAGUUAUCAUUGUUUAUCAGGGAUCCUUAUUGCUUUGCACUGUUCUUUUUGAAGUUUUUCUGUCCCUUUGUUUUUCUGUCAGGCGGGAUGUUAUCUUCUAAUCUUCCAAGUUUUCAGCAACAUUACCUCUUUCAGGAAGCCGAGAUCUACCAGCAAACUGUCUGGAAGUAAAUUGAAAUAAGUCUGUGGAACCUGUAAAGGAAAAUUUCAGUUUCUAGUAGUUGCACACAUUAGUAGACCUUCUGUCCCCAUGCAAGGAAGCCCAGCACAGCAGGUGACCCCUGCAGUUGCAAAGUGUAUUUCCAGUGGCCUGGAACAGAGCCUUUCCCCACUUUCUACGGCUUGGGUCAGCUUCUGAAAGGUGGUUCCCAGGGAGCACCAAAGCCUGUAGGCAGGCAGUAUGCAGCUUCCUUGCUGCUGACAGAUAACAUUGGGGAAAUCAGCUGUGGCACAGCCUGCUGCCUCCUGCACUCUAGUUAUUCUGGCAGAUACUCAUGAUACAAUGAUCUGAAUCCACUGAGUUAGUUGUGUGAAAUGACAGGUAUUUUAUCCUGUGUUUUAUCUAGAAUAUCUGUUAUGCUAUGGGGUACAAGUGCCUCACAGCUCUGUUGUCCCUCCUGUUUGACAGCACUCCAGAAAUGCCAUUUCUCACAGAAAAACUAAGCACAAAUGCAGUAUCCAACAUGUCUUGCUGGGUGAUGUGUCGGGGAUUCCAAAUCUGGUCUUGUUCACUGUCUCAGACUUCAGCAUCCCUCUCUCACUCCGGUGCUCCAGUGCCUGUGUGUACCAAGAGAGAGAUAAUUUGCUGAAUGACUUCAACAGUGACAGAAGUAAUUUAGGCAGCAAAUGGAAGACUGUGGUCUCACCUUGCCACGUGACAGACACUUUAGGAUAAAGUGGUGGUGCCAGCUCAUGUGCAGUGAUGCUCAUGGUCUAGCCAUGAACUGUGGGCCAGGUUGAUGAAGCAGAACAAGCACAUGUGGCCAGAAUGCUGCCAUCCCUCCCCUGCAUUUAUCCCUCUGUGGCCUUGCUGGCUGGUGGCUGCUGCAGGUUCCUCACUAUGGUGCAGGAGGUGUUCUCUAUUACAGCCAGUAUUAUGAGUGACUCUCCUGGGACAGACUCAGACUCUUAUUCAGCUGGUGCUGCCUUCUCCCUUGGAAGCUGGUUUGGAAAGCAGGGUACUAUGCAAAGGAUGGCUGCCUUUCCACCCACCUUUCCUGAUCAGGUGAGGGGGCCGAGUACUGAGUGAUGAAUGCCUGUCUGCAGCAUUUCUGUUGGUUCCAGUCCCUUCUGCUGCUGCUAAGGUGUCUUACAAGCACGGAACCUGGGAUUUAGUUUCUCCAUAAUUUUGGUCUUUCACUGUGUGAUAGAUGGAAACCACUUUUAAGGCAUUUCAGGCCUGGUAGAAUGGGUGGUUUUUUUGUUCAGGGAAAUGUGUUUAUGCUGUAAUUGUGCGGGGUGGGCCUGUAGUCUGCCUGAGCUAUUGCUGGGCACUCAAUAGGGAUAAAAUCCAACGUGGCUUCUAAAAGUGAGAAGCUUUAAGUUAAUUUCCAGGUAUGCUGUGGGGUAAAGAAGUGAUGAGACAAUGUUCUGGAAACAAAGGCAGGUACUGAGCUGGGGUUUCCAUCCUUAGCUCCAGGCCAAUCAUUACUAUUCGGUACAAACAAGAGGGCAGAAACUCAGCAAAAAGUGUUUGUGCUUGCAUCACCUCCUGGUGGUGCAAGCAGGGAAUAGGCUUUUCAGAGCUGAGUACCCUGAAAUGGGCCUAAUCCAGAGCAAAACAUCCUGAACAUAUUUUCAGAAGUGGCAGCUAGUUCUGCUUCCUACUAUCCUGAAAUUGCCUUGAUCAGACUCACACCCACACCCACAAUCCCAACAUGAUGAAGUCCUUAGUCCUACUGCAGAUGCUACAAAUACUUCUGGAUUAUUGAUUAAACUCAAGGAAGCAGAAAAUUCUGCAUAACAGAAAGAAUGCCUGACUUUGUUCAUUCAACAAAGCAGCUGAAGAGGGAAGCUGAUUCCAAACUGCCUCAUAAAACCUGAAUCUGCUCGUCCAAUCCUUGGACAUAAUUAGUUUUAUUUCACAGGUGCUGCUGUUCCACAGAAUCCUCCAUGCUGAUUCAAUCCCUCUUCUCCAAGUCUUGACUCUGCUCUACAAUCCCACACCUCCUUCAGCUCUGCAGUGGCACCCAGGGAGGAGGCAGAGGCAUAGGAUCCCUGGUGAAGCAGAGCACAAGUGGCAGAUGUCUGGCUGCAUGCAGGGCUGCCUGCCACCACUGUGCCUUGCCAGUGGCACUGCCACCCCUCUCCUCAGACAGCCCAGUGAGGGACAGACUGUAUAGGAUGUUCUAUGGUUCACUUUUCUUAUUGCCACAGGAUAUGUCAGAACAGUUCAGUAUUGAAGCCAUUCAGAUAACCUUUGUUCUUAAAGGUGUCUUAUUCUUUUUUGUUCUUUUUCUUUUUUUUUUAAUAUCCCUUCUCAUGGGGAGCAUAUAUGGAGGAAAAACAACUCUCUGAAUGAUUAAAUUAGUGCAAGGUGUAUUUUCCUCCCACUCUAUCCUGAUAGUAAAUUUUCAUUUGCUAUGUAGGGGUGAAAGAUUUCUCUUGUGCUUUGUUUUCAGGGGAAAAGCAGACAGAUGAAGCUAUGUCUGUAAGAUCAGUGUGAGAUGAAGGAUGUAGUGCACUAAACUCUUGCUAUUCAUUAUCUGAAGAACAGAAGGUUGGUGGUAACCAUCCACAGAUACAAAUUUUAUUCGACAGGAUAAGCAGCUUUUCCCAUCUCUAUACAUAGAGAGUAUGGAAAACACCAGGGGAUGUCACUUAAGUUGAAGACCUGUUUGAUUUGUUUUGCUUACCUCUCAAAAAAUGUUGUGGUGUUUUCCCCCUUCCCUUCUGUUCCCUUCUGUUCUUUCCCCUUUGCAGUUCUAGACUUUCUCCCUUCAGCAAAGGCUUUCAGUGAGAACAUGGGCUUCUCUAAGAGGAGAGUUAGAGGCUGGCUUGGGAGAAUAACACAGUUUUCUGACUACAAGGAAUUAGAUACAGGAUGAAAUAGACAAGACAUGACCUUGUGAAACCCUGCUAGAAAUGCUACAGUGUCAGGCAGAAUACUCACUGAAUUUCUUUGAGUACAGUGAUCGAAUAAAGCAAGUAAUUGUUGCAUAGGGCUUCAUCUCUUUUCCAAGCCGGCAUUCUUCGUGCAAGAAUCCAGGAAGUCAGGUAAGGAAAAAGAAAAUAUCUGUUCCCUUCUCACUGGCAAGACUGCUACUUCCUCUCUCUUAUAAUAUUUUUUAUUUGAUUAUACUUAAAUCUCUCUGAAAGGCUUGCUCAUUCAUAAGCUUUCCAUGUAAAAAGUGCUGCAAGUUCUCAUUGCACAACAGUGUGAAGACCUACUGCCUUUCUUUGCUAAGGGAGGAAGCAAUGGCUGGAUUUGAAAGUAUAAAAAUCAUAAUAGCAUAUGUGGCUAAAAGUCUUAAAGAAAAAAACAAUUGCACAAUUAAUUUCAAACUUUUUUGACACAAAGUAUUUUGGAAUAUUGUUUUGAAAAAAAUACUUUGGUUUUUAAAUGUCCUACUGAAUUUGGGGGGGAAUUUUUGAGGUAAACCAAAUUUAUAAUGCUCUACUGUAACAGCCUAUCAGAUUUAGUCUUGAUUCAACCUCAUGAUGAGGUUUGCAUUUUUUAAUUAAUACUUUUUUUUCUGGAUUUUUUUGUUGUUGUUUUUUGUUUACCAAGUAUUAUUACUUCCUAAAUGCUGCCAAUAACCUUCUGUCUCAGCAAAUAAAGUAUGAUUGACCACUAGCAUGGGAAACAGGCUAGAUGCUCUCAUUCUACUGCUGGUGGAAAAUUCAGAUUAGCUUUGAAUAGUGAUGGUUUGCAGUUUCAACAAGCUAGUCAAAACUUUGAGAAGGGAGAAUUCACUGCAAUAGAAUGCUUAUGCAAAGAGUUUUUAUAGGCAUGUAAAAUUAAUUGGUAACAGGCUAAUAGAUGGGGCUGCCUAGUCUUAAGGUCUUGUUUGUUGUUUUACAUACUGUAUAGGAAGAACUCUCAUAUUUUAUUCCAAUUUCUAGAAAAUAUUUUUGAGGAUACUUUUGAGCAAUGAAGAACAAUAACAAAUCUUUAUUUGUCACAUUCAAAAUAAUUUAUAAGCAACAUCUGAAACAAAAAUAAUGCACAAUUGUGUUAGUACUCCUGAUAAAUAAGUGGCCAAAAAACCCAUUGUGACUUCCACUCCAUAAAGUAUUGACUGAAUUACUGUAUUAUGUUUAUUAUUAUAUGUCUGUCAUGCAUGAUUCUCCCUUUUUGGAUGCUCUGCUUGGCACCUCUGUAUUUCGAAACAGAUUUAUAGACUGUGAGUUUCAGAAGAGACAUCUCUGUAAGAACCCUGGCAUAACUAACUGAUGGUUUCUUGAGCUUUUGUUGCUCAUCUCUGUAGAUGGACACCUUUGCCACGGGCAUGACUGUGCCAGUGCUCCUGGUCCUGCUGAGCCUGGUGAUUGGGAGCAGCCAGGGGUGCUACUGUGAACAUUACCCAUGGGGGUCGUGGUCUGCCUGCUCCCAGACCUGCAAUUUCGGCACACAGACCAGGCACAGGCAAAUAAGAAUGGAUGAAUAUUACAGCCAAAACUUCUGUGACCAGCUGUGCACAAAGCAAGAAUCUCGUCCAUGUAACCAGCAAACAUGUCCUAUCAACUGUCAGCUUGGAGACUUUGGCCCUUGGUCAGAAUGUGACCCAUGUGUUAAAAAACAAUUCCGUACCCGGCCACUUCUGCGACCAUCCCAGUUUGGGGGCCAGGCCUGCACCGAGCCACUGGUGGAUUCCCGUCCAUGUUUCCCAGCUAAGCUCUGCAACAUAGUGGAAGUUGACUGCAAGAAUAAAUUUCGGUGUGAGAGUGGUCGCUGUAUUUCAAAAACACUGGAAUGUAAUGGAGAAAAUGACUGUGGGGACAACUCUGAUGAAAGAAACUGCAGAAGGAAAAAGACUGUGUGUAACCGAAAGUAUGAGAGCAUCCCAGGUGUGCAAUUAAUAGGCAGUGGAUUUCACAUUCUGUCAGGCGAGAGCCGAGGGGAAGUUCUUGGCAACUCAUUCAACGGAGGACGGUGCACAACAGUGAAGCACAAUGAGACAAGGAAAUUGUAUCGUGUCCCUGCAAAUCUGGAGGCUGUCAGCUUUCAGGUAACAGAUGAAGAGGAUGAUGUCACAUCAGAAUUCUAUGAAGAUUUAACUCCCCUGAGUGAAAGUGUUUCUAGCAGUAGUUCAUCCACUCAUAGUGGUAAACAUUCUUCUGGUAUCCCAUUUUUAUUCUCAAGAAAGACACGGGUCCAGGUUACAUCGUCUUCAUCCUUCAAGAAAGCUAUUGAAGCCUCCUAUGAAAAGAAUUCCAACUUUAUUAGAGUCCAUAAAGUAAUUUCGGUUGCAAACUUCACAAUGAAACAGUCAGAUCUGCAGCUAUCAGACGUCUUUCUAAAAGCACUUAACCAGCUGCCCCUGGAGUACAACUACGCUUUAUACAGCAGAAUAUUUGAUGAAUUUGGCACUCAUUACUAUACCUCUGGGAAGAUGGGUGGCUCCUAUGAUCUUCUUUACCAGUAUAGCUCUGAGGAACUGCAGAACUCAGGCCUGUCUAUUGAGGAAGCAACAGAGUGUGUCCGAACAGAAACAACCAGGCGUGUGUUCUUCAAGAAGAAAAAGAAAGUCAGUACCAGAUGCACCACAAACAGGAUGACUGUGAAACAUGAAGGUUCCAUUUUGGAGUCAGCUGAACGAUCAAUUUCCCUGGUGAAAGGUGGCAGGUCAGAGUAUGCAGCAGCUCUGGCCUGGGAGAAAAAGGGGGCUUUUCCAGGACACACAGUCUUUAGAGACUGGCUGGAAUCAACAAAGGACAAUCCUGUGGUGAUUGACUUUGAGGUGUCCCCCAUCGUGGAUCUGGUGCGGAACGUGCCGUGCGCGGUGACCAAGCGCCGCCACCUGCGGCGGGCGCUGCGGGAGCAGGCGGGCGGGCGGGCGGCGUGCCGCUGCGCGCCGUGCCCCGGCGGCGGCCGCGCCGUGCUCUCGGGCACCCGCUGCCUCUGCCUGUGCCCGCCCGGCGCCUCCGGCCCCGACUGCGCCGUGCGGGCUCCGGGACCCGCUGCAGUUGCUGUUGAUGGCCAAUGGGGUUGCUGGUCUGAAUGGAGUCCAUGUGAUGCUUCCUUCAAAAAAAGAAGGACCCGGGAAUGCAAUAACCCCUCCCCAAUGAAUGGUGGGAAGCCAUGUGAAGGGGAGCAGGAAGAAGAGGAGGACUGUUAUGUCUCCAUGUUCACAGACAGAGGUGCUCCUUGUAUAAAUGAUGAUGAAGCCACAAGAGAAGAGAAUGUCUUGAUUGGUGAACCUGAGUCUGGAUGUUCUAGGCCAGAACCACCAGAACACAGCUUUAUCAGGAAUGAAAAGAACCAGUAUGCUGUUGGGGAGGAAGUUGAAAUUGCUUGUGUGAGUGGGCAUAGCCUCAUUGGCUAUCAAUACCUUCGGUGUCUGCCAGAUCAAACCUGGACACAGCAACAUAUUGAGUGCCAACCCUCAGUAUGCCUCAGGCCACCAAUAUCUGACAGUGUCACAAUUUCCCCAUUUAAGCAACAGUACAACAUUGGUGAAACAAUGAAGCUGAGCUGCCAAGCUGGGUUUAUAAUCACUGGUCACACAAAGUAUACCUGUGGGAAAGACCUGUCCUGGAUACCUCCUAUUUUGAGGUCUAUUACAUGUGAAAAAGAUGUGUUAACCCAAAUUAGAGGUAUUUGCAGUCCAGGACAAAAACAGGUUGGAUCACAGUGUGUUUGUAUGUCUCCAGAAGAAGAUUGUGGCCACUACUCAGAAGACAUCUGUGUGCUACAUGCUGUUUCUGAACAGAAUGUGACCAAGCCCAGCUGUCAGUACUCAGCUGAAAUGUGCCUUGGAGUGCAGUCAUUUCAUUUCUUGCAUGCUGGCCCUUGCCAUGGUAAUUCCAACCUGGACUGGGCUAUUGAGAGGGCAAAGCUCUCUACAAAUAGCUUGAAGAAAGUGCCCUGUGGCUAUGACACCUGCUACGACUGGGAGGAUUGCCAAGAGCCGCAGACCCAGUGCUCCUGCCUGAUGCCUUACCAGUGCCCCAAAGGAGAGAUCCGCCCUCACUGCAUCCAAAUGGAGAUGACGGGGAGGAGGAGGACAGUCAGUCAUUGCAUGCUGGCAGCCAUGAAGUGUGCUGGCAUCAAACUGCAGGUGCUGGAGCAGGGGAGCUGCCUACCAUAACCCGUUUGCUCUCUGCACACACCGUGAUCACUGCAUCAAAUGCAAACUAAGCCACCCACGGAAAAGCUUGGUUAUGAAAUGAUAAAUGUAUCAAAACAAAAGGAUGAGAGAAAAAGUCCAGCUUGUUAAACAGCUUUCUGGGAGACGAGUGACAGUGACUUUUUUCUGUCUGAAAAUUACCUGGGCUCGGGGGUAUAAAGGGCAACUUGUCAUUGCUGACACCUCUGGGAAUGUGCAGAGGAAGGGAGGGGAACAAAUGUAAAUGGAAAAAAAAAAUAUUGCCUUUGGUCUCCCCUAGAUCUGGAUGAGACUUUUCCUUUCCUCAGCCAUUUGUUGCUUUGUCCUUGUGCUUGUGACUGCUGUUCACUCUUGUCUCACUGGCUGAGUACCUGCUGUAUCACAUAGGCAAACAGAACAAGCACUUCAGUACCACUUCUGACAUCAAAUGGGGAAGGGGUAGCAAGAAGCUUCCUGCAGAACAAAUGGAAGGAGCAAUACCAAAAUGAUGUGAUUUUAAUUGGAGUAGCUGAAGGGAAAAGGUGUUUGCUUUCUGUGUUUGUUCACUGGGUUUCAGAUUUAGGCAGAAAGCCUGAAGCAUAAGGCUAGCAGAAUUUCUAUAGUACCUCUCAACGUGAAUUAAGAAUGUUUGUACUUUAAAUAUAAAAUAAACAUUAAUGAACAAUGCA